GGGCGAACUCUUUGGAAGUAGUUCAGAAAGGAACGAGGGCAGUCCGUUACUUUCAGCGUUACCCUGUAACAGGAGAGAGGAUAUGGAGAACCGAACCCAGAGAGAGACAGGGCUGUCCACUGAAUCCCUGGAUGACCUCCUGAUCGAGUUUGACCAAGUGGUCCAGGACUUUGACAAAGGUGCGCCUUCCCAGUACGAGCAUCACCUGGCAGAGCUCAAGAGGCAGACCCUGCCCAGCGCCUACGACAGCGGCAUCGACGAUUCGGAAAGUAGCAGCGCUUCUCCUGGGAGCAGCCUGAACACCAGCGAGGAAGACCUGAAUACGCCAAACACACUGACCACAACGUCAUCUUACUCUAAAGCUAAGCUUGGAGACACGCAGGAAUUGGAGGCCUUCAUAGCUGACUUGGACAAAGUGCUGGAAGAGAUGUGAGUUGCGUGGCUCCUUUCUUCGUGUCCCGAGGCCUGUCCUGCUUGCCACACCGUCUCCCUUGACCCACGGGAUGAUCGGGACGAACGGAGCAGAGCCACCCAGACCACACUGGCCUUUCCCUGCUCUGUUUUCCUGCCGGAAAAGUGGGUCACAGCUGGUUCCUCUGCUUGGGAGUCUUUUUGGUCACCUUUGUGGCCUCUAAAGCCGUGGCAUUUCGACCCUCACCAACAAUCCCAGCUGCAAACGUCAGGGACCUUGUGGGACUAUUCUCAACGCACAUCGUGCCGCUUUCUGGACUCUGCCGUCCGGUUAUUCUUUAAAACUUAAUCAUAGAAUGAUAGAGUUGGAAGAGAAUCCAAGGAGCCAUCCAGUCCAAACCAGUUGUGCCAUGCAGGAACUCUCAAUCAAAGCAUCCCUGAGACAGAUGUCCACCCAACCUCUGUUUAAAAGCCUCCAAAGGAGACACCACCAAACUCCAAGGGAGCAUUGUCUUCCACUUUCAAACAGUUCUUGGAGACAUGAACAUGUUUUAAAAACACAUACAUUUUAUUUUUAAAAAAUGGAAAUGCACACCAGUCCUUUCCUCUUGGAAAGGUUGCAAAGCUGUGCAGCGCCAAGGGAAAACCUUUGCACAUUUCUGCAGACGGAUGGAUAGUGUUUAGGGCCAGGUCAAGCCAGACCCAGAAAACCACAGUGUCUCUUUCCAUCCGCCCAAAAUUGAGGGAGAGGCAGCUGAUGCCAAAACUGCUGAGCUCUCCAAAAUAUCAUCCAUGUGCAAUUAGCUUACAAUUGUCAACUGCUUAGACACUGUUACUUCAGUAUGAAGUGGUAUAUAAAUGAAGCUGUUUGUUUUGCAGAGGCAUGUGCUCCAUCAGUCACACAGAUGUGAAGCUCCCAUGUUCCUGAGAAGUCUCCCAGUGCAUCUCUCCAUUCCCUCCAUUGGCAUGAACAGGGAAGAUCUGUCAUUGGGGUGUUUAUGGGUGCAUGCAUCCCCUCCAACCCUCCAUGCCAGUUAAUAAGUCUUGGCUCAGGCCUUAGUAACCUCUCGCUUCAUGGCUGCUGUUCUCAUGUAAAUACUGUAAAAUACUAUGGAUGCGUUUUGCUCUUGUUGUAUGGUUUUUUGUAUGGAACUAUUUAAAUAAAUGGAGCUUUUGCAAAGGG